GUAAAAAAGAAUAAUCAAAUGUGUCAAAAAUUACACUACUUUGUCUUAAAGUAUUUGUUGAUUGUUGUGUUCUUUAAAAUUUUUAUUAUUUGUAUUUUGUGGAAAUAAAUUAGAAUGUGAACAAAAUUAUGUCAGAUAAGUGGAAUAUAGUAGGCUUGUGUCGGUGCUGCCACGCAGAAGGCAAUUUCAAGAGUCUUGCUGUAUCUUAUACAUGCAGUGGCAGCAAUGAAAUAUUCUCUGUUAUGCUUCGUGAUACUUUCAACUUAAUUAUAGCUCCAAUACCUGGUGAAAGGGGGGCAUCCUCAUACAGUAUAUGUGGAGCAUGUGAACCCCGUCUGCGAGAUGCUGCACUCUUCAAACAACAGGUGGUUACAUGUGAACAGAAGUUUACCCAGUAUUACAACAACCAUGAUUUUAAAGAUGGUGAGUUUUGGAAUAAAACUGUCAAAUUGGAAGUAAAUGAUGUCAAGAAUGAGUCUGGCCACAGUGAUGAUCUCCACUCAAAAUAUGAUUUGAAAGAAGAAACUCUACAAUCUAACGAUGAAGGAGUUAAAUCUGAUGAUGAUACAUUUAUGGAAGCUGACGAUGGAGAUGACGAACCCCUGUCGAAGCUUCGAACUAAGCUCGAGGUACCUUUACAAUUAGACCCUGAUGCCGAUUGGGUAGCUCCUCCGCAAUUUACCUUAAAUCAAGAUCGCAGAACACAUAGAACAGAUAAGAAAUUCUCAUGCAAUGUAUGUGAGAAAAAAUUCUCAUACCAGGGGUCUCUAGAAGUGCAUAGAAAAAUACAUACGGGCGAGAAAACUUACAACUGUUAUUUAUGCAAUAGUAAAUAUAAACAGAGCAAGACAUUGACCAAACAUAUAGAAGAUACCCACAGCGUUGGUAAUAGGUACCCUUGCACUUUAUGCACUCAGAUAUUUGAUAAAACUAGAACUUUUAAAAAACAUGUAUCAAUACAUUUUGAGGAGAAAUACAAAUGUAAUUACUGUAGUAAAGAGUUCCAGUGGAAGAAAGGAUUGAAAGAACAUAUAAAAACACAUACGGGCGAAAAGAAAUAUGUAUGUGAUAUUUGUAAUAAGUCAUUUGUACAUAGUCAGACAUUAAAAUCGCACUUGUUGACGCAUACCGGUGAAAGACCUUAUGUUUGCGAUGUUUGUGGUCGACGGUUUCCGCAACGAACACAUUUGAAAAGACAUAUAUUUAUAAUUCACACUGGAGUCAAACCUUACUCUUGUAAAGUUUGUAACAAACAUUUCUCAAGCAAGAGCUAUCUGGCGAUACAUGAACGUCAGCAUACUGGUGAAAAACCAUAUUCAUGUGAAGUGUGUAAAAAGAAUUUCACCGCAUACACAACAUUAAAAGUGCAUAUGAGAGUUCAUACGGGCUUAAAACCUUACACAUGUAGCUUUUGCAGUCGACAGUUUGCGCAAAUGGCCAGUUUCAAGCUACACGAACGAACGCAUACUGGUGAAAAACCAUUUUCGUGUAAUGUUUGUAAAAAACCAUUCUCAGACAAUGGUUAUUUGAAAAUACAUAUGCGAGUACACACUGGUGAGAAACCGUACAGUUGUGACGUAUGUAAACGGUGUUUUAGGGAGACAGGACAAUUAAAACGGCAUAUGCGUGUGCACACUGGCAUAAAACCUUACACAUGUAAAAUAUGUAACAAACAAAUUGGUAAUUUAUCUAAGCACAUGCGGGUACACUCCACUGAGAGGCCUUAUUAUAAUUGUGAAAUAUGUAAUAAGCAUUUUUCUGUCAACGGUAAUUUAAAGUUGCAUAUGCGUAUUCAUACGGGUGAAAAACCGUAUGCAUGUGAUGUUUGCAACAGUCAAUUUACUCAGAGUAGUGGUUUAAAACGGCACAGAUGCACACAUACAGAAAAGAACGAUGUUUAGUUUGCUUAUUGUUUUAUCUACAAUCUAAUACGAUCGGCGAAUAAGUACAAACAUGUAUAUAAACUCAUAUAAAAAUUGUAAUGUACAUACACCACAUGUAGAGAAAAUAAGUACUACAUUGAUUUAUAGAUAAUAGGUACACGACUGUGUAUCUAUUAUGUGUGUUCAUCUUCUGUUCCAUGAGAAUAAUGGGGGAAAGAGCUGUCUAUAAGUAUUUGAAAGAAUUAAGGGUGUAUAAAAUUAAUGUACAAGUUGUACUGCAGUGAUUAAUUAAUAAUAAACUAUACGUUAACUGUGUAUAGGUAAUUAGUAAUAAUUUAUGAGAAUAUUUAAUGAUAAUUAAU